CACUGAUUUCUAAAACUCUAUGCAAAUUUUAAUCCCUGAAGCCGCACAUAGUUUGUCCUCUCCACGUGUGAACUCUGCUCUAUACAUAAAUGUACAACGAAUAGUCAUAACAUGACUGAUUGUCACAUCGUGUCGCCCAGGGUCACGGACCCUUCCGGCUGGUGACAGCUCGAGCUGCCAAUCACGCGUGAGCCCGCCCAUCCAGCGUGAUUCCCCUGUCUGUCAAUCAACCUCCGCUGGCCCCGCCCCCACCCUGUCGUGUGCCUGUGCGAGGAGUGCAUUGAGAGUGACGAGCGGUGACGUCAGACGCAGAUGGAAAAAGGGAACCGACGGAAUGGCUGCCCAGUGCCGGAGCCCUCGGUGCACGGCGGAGAGGAAGGGAUUCCGGCGAGAACUCGACUCCUGGCGGCACCGGCUCAUCCACUGUGUUUCGAGAGCAUUCUAGAAGGGCUGUAUGGGCCAGGAUUAUGUAAAGACCUCAGUUUAUUUGAUGACUGUGAACCAGAAGAACUGGUUGACUGGUGUGUAGAUGACAAAUGCUCGUUAUGUAACCUCCGCAAGGAUACGAAUGAUUACACACCAUCAGAUGGUUCCGCACAGUCCACACCUACAGGGGAACUGAUAUCUCAGGGCCAGUUCAACACAGAGAAAACUGAAUGCCAAGCUGAAAAUUAUUUAAAUGCACUCUUUCAAAAGAAAGAUCUUCCUCAGAACUGUGAUCCUAACAUUCCACUUGUAGCUCAGGAAUUAAUGAAGAAAAUGAUACGUCAGUUUGCAAUUGAAUAUGUUUCAAAAAGCCGCAAAAUGUGUCUAGAUAGUAAUGGAAUAAUAGCAGAUGAUCCUCUUGGUCUGAACGGCAUCCAAAAAACACACGCAGAUAGCUUUCUACGUGAUGAGCAGGACGGCCCUCUCGACCUCACUGUCACAAGGAUUCAAGAAAAAACUUUGCAGGAUGGAGUUUUGGAUCUCUCUAUUAAAAGAAAUGGUAGUGCGUUUGAAGAGAAUUCCAAGACUAGAAAUUCAAAAAAUGGUGUCAUGAAUGGCUACUUUUUAAGAAAGAUGAAAAGAACAAGAAAGCUACAUAAGGAAAACACAGCUUUAUUUAAAGUCUUAGCUUCAUGGUGCUUAUACCACCAACAACUAUUAAUAAGUAUGCUGAAAUUCUUAAAAACUGAACAAGAAUACUGUUCACAAACUUGUCACAGAAGUGCACAAAGUAAGUCGGCAGAUCAUGUAUUAAGAAGUCCAGAUAACUCACCUGAUACUUGUCACAUAUGUACAAAGCAUAAAUGUACAAAGAGCAUCAAGAUAAAUAAGAAAACACGACAAAUGAAUUUACCAUACCUUACUGUUCGUCUAAAAGACUUACGAUUUACAUGGCCUAACUUGAAUGUAGGAACUAUAAAAUUGAACCAAAAUAAAAAGCAAGGUGUUCAUUUAACCAAUCAACUUUUACACUGCAUAAAUACACGUUCAAAAAAGAAAAAAGCUGUAUGUUAUGACUGUUUAAUUACCCACAAUUCAACAAGUGAAUGCAAAUUACCCUUUUCUUCAUCUCUAUCAAAGAUAAAAGUACAAAGAACUGUAUCCGAUUUGAAAAGGACCAUAAUAAAACAUGAUUUAAAAUGUAGAUGUGCUCAACCAGAGUGUCGACUUGAAAUGACAAGCAAAUGCUGCCAAACAAAGGCUGAUGUAUCAGAUGGAAUUGAUAUGAAUGUAAUGAAAAAUGUGACAUUUAAAGACUUAUGUACAAAUAAUAAGCAAGGAAGACUGGAGCCUAAUAGAAAGGAUGCACAAGAACACUCUCUUGACUCAUCCACAUCUAGCUGUGUACAUUUUGGAAGUUUGAUAAAGCACUUUCUUAAUUCUGAAUCAAAUAGUUUUUCUGAGUUGGUCAACCAAAAAGAAAAUUGCUUGAAAAAAAAAGUCCAAAUAGGGAUUCACAGAAAUAAUGAAAACAUGUCGAUAUUUGAUAGCUCUUUUUCUGAAAGUCAGACAGUGGACUUUGAAAGGGAACUUGGUCAUCUCAAGGAUACUUUUCCUAAGGAAAAAAAUAAUUUUGUGAAAAAUUCACCAAAUUCCAUAGGUGACGUAAUCAGAGUUUCAGUAGGACACGCUCCUGAUGCUUUAGUCCUAAAAGAUUGUGAACGCGCUGAAACAAAGAGUGACGUUCAGGAAAAGAUAACAGAUCUACCUCAUGAUACACUGAAAAUACCUUCUGAAACUGUGAAUUGUAUCAAAAGUAGUCAAGUUUGUUUACUUACUAAUUUAAAAUGUGCUGCACCACAAAGGAUUGUAGAUGAGAAACAGAGGGGCAAUAAGAGACACAUUGUUCAAGAUGUACCCACCGAAAGUUCUAUUCCACCCAAAAGAAAUUCCAGAAACAUACUCGGAAAAUGUAAAUUAUGUGACGUGGCCCAUGGACUGAGUUCUUUCCAAAAUAAUAAUAUUUUAUUUUGCAAAUGUACAAUCCAAAAAAACUCAGGGAUUCUAAAGAACUUUAAUGUCAAUUUUAGAAAUACUACUGAAAAAAAUAGAAAUACUCAUUUAAAAGUAGUAGUAGAGCGUCUAGAAGAUUCCAAACUGUCAGGUAACAGUACAAUAAAUGGUAGGGAAAUAUGUCAUUUAAAUAACACAGAUCUAUGCAACAGUAAUGUUAAAUCUAGUUCUUAUGGGUUAAAUGUGCCACUGGAAACACUGAACAUUGUGAAGCAAAGCAACUGCCUAAAUUCAACAUUGGUAGCGCAAAAAAUCUGUGCAAAUGUUGAAAACACUCAUGUAAGUAAUGCAGUUACAGCAACCACGUCAGAUAAUGUAUACUUUAGCCCAAUAAAGCUCAUGUUUGUAUCUAAGGUUGAAAGUGAAGAUGGAGUGAAAUACACUUUAAGCUCUGAAUAUACUCCAGUUAAUAAACACAAAGAUGAUGUCAAGGUUUCUGACAGUGUGGUAAAGACAAGUCUUGCUUCAACUCCUGACAGCAAAAGUAAAGUCAGUGUACAAAAUAGCCCCGAAAAAGUGUUGUAUUGCUCUGACCAAAGUCAUUUUAAAAGUAGAACUUCAAGACGCAAACAAUGUGCAGGUCAGGUUUCCAAGAACAUAGAAACAUCUGCUGAACAUCAGUAUGAAGAGUAUUCACAGAAGGUGUUUGCUAAAGCAGGAAGUAACAUUGCCAUCUCUUCCACUAAAACAGCCAAAAAUAAAAAGCCCUCUUAUAACAAAUUGGGCAAGUCACAGUUUGCCAAAGCUUAUGUUCAAAAUAAAGGGUCAGGAAUCCAGAUGAGAAUUAAAAAAGUAGAAAGGUUCUUGAGAUCUUCUACAAGGAAUCUACACAUACUUGAAUCUGAGAAUUUCCAAAGAAUUUCCAAACGUCUUAAGAAGCUGAGAAAACUUUCUAAUGUCACAGGUAUGUGUAGGACCUAUGGAUCUUUUUCACAAAAAGGAGGGCGAGCCCUUCCAUCACCUUCCAAAGGAGCUUAUACAAAGUACAAUAAAAAUAAAGCUAGUGAUAGAGCAGGAAAAGACCACAACCAAAAGACAAUAAUGAAAAGGAAGUUGACUAGGGGGUCUCUGUUGACUAGGAAACUAAAAUGCUCAAACCAAAAAGCUAGAACUAGAAAGCCCCUGUCGACAUCUUUACAUUCUUUUCCAUCAUCUACUUUUUCUGUUAGGAGUGCCUUAUGUCAUAAAUCAAAAAAGUCUCAUCGUAGCAAAUGUAGAGUUUACAGAAGGAAAUUAAGAAGUUUUAAGCAGCAAUACAAACUACCUUUACCUUUAAAAGAAAGAAAAUGCACUGACAACAAAGAUGAAAAUCGUACGAAGAACAUUGAUUUUCAGCCCAAUACUGUCCUUAAGUGGUGGUCUGUAUCCACUUCCAAAGAGUCUUUAUUAAAAGAUUUAGAAAAUAAGUACGAACAAAUAGCAAAUACAUGGCUUGGCAAGAACAAUGGGGAAAUAGAUAAUGAAGCACAAUCUUUGUCAACCUUGAAAUUUUGCAGCUCAGAAACGAGGUCGCCUGUUCAGAUGCUGUUUCAGAAGAAAUGUGACAUGGGCGACCUUGCUGCCUGGUUUAUGCAAACAACAGAAACACAAUCCCUUUCAAUAGUGAGAAAAGCUAAUGCUCGAAGCCCUCUUCAUAAAAUUAAUAGCAAGGGACCUAGAACAAAAGCAAAGAAGCCCAGCAUUAAUUCAUGCAGUUCUAAAAAACACUUUAAACAAUGUGCUCAGUCCACUCCAUCAGAAGCAUUAACUCAGCUCCUCUAUGUUUCAAAAAUCAGUAAAGGAAGUGAGAAUCCAAACAAUUUGAAAAACAUGAUUGAUGAGAAUACAGAUGUCUGUAUAAAAUUUGCAUGUCCGGAAAACCAUGUAGAUGUGACCAAAGCUUCUGCAGAAAAAACAUCUACCAAUUCCAAACCACCAGCCAAAGAGAGUGCCCAAUCGACUAAUAUUUAUUUGAGAAGUGCUGUUAACCAAGGAGCUGCUGCUAUACCUAGAAGCAUAAUACAUUCUAAAAAACAAAAAAUGUUAGUGCAACAUAAGUCUAAAUCAAAACCAAAAACCAUAUAUAUGUGUUGUAGCAGCGAGCAAAACAUUCAAGAUUGUAAAGUUUUUCUUACAAAACUUCAUAAUGUUGAAAGUCAAACAUCCAAUGCCUACAGAGGGCCUUGUUCUCCCAAUACUAUUGCAGGGGGCAAAUCCACAUUUAAGCCAGAAUGGAAAUUGAAAAGGGGUUUUACCACAAAGUAUUGUCUUCGUGUGAACAAGACUUUCUCCAGAUCUACGUGUACUUUUAGUAGAAUCAAAAACGCUGCCAGUAAAAACUACAACUUUGGAAUGUGCCUACGGAAUGCCAAAGGAUCAGAUGCACCUUAUAAUAGCCAUUCCAAAUCAUUGAUACUUGAAAGACAGAAUCAGCUGUCUAAAAUGACUUUGUACUUAGAAGCGAACACAAAGAGAUCUAAGCCACAGAUUUCAAAAGUAGGAAAGAUGCAAAGUGAAUGCCCGAAGUUCCCAUUAGGUCCUAUUAAGCCCGUUGGAAUUCCUGCUAUUAGAGGGCUUUCAAGUAAAGGUGGCACUUAUUCUCUGACCCCAAUUCGCAUCCCCCUCAAAUAAUGGGGAAAGCUUAUACCUAAUGACAGCUAUUAUGGAAAUCCGGCGAGACUGGAUAAAACUGCCUGCCAGCCAGCAUGUAUCUAGUGUCAUAUGAUAUGACAAAUCACAUGGUUCUCCACCCACUUUCAAUAGUGAUUCCGUCUAACUCAGUGGCAGAAAGAAAACCAAUGUGCCUUCUUCUUUCAUUCUGUCUGUUAUGGUGCUCUUAAGAAACGUUAACCGUUGGAUGGUGCUGCACAGUACACACAUUGCACUAUUGUAUAUAUUUGAGUUACAUCUCCGAAUGUCACCUACAAUUGUCGGUUUCUCAUAACCAGGGUCUGAAUUUCUAUUGGUAUACAACUGUGGUGUUAAAGGGGUAGGUGUGGGUAAUAGAGGUGAUGGGUUUAAAGCAAUACACAGUCCAGUUUGGCCAGCAUUUUGUUUAUUACAGACAAGAUAAAAAUAGUUUGGUUCAUAAAUAUUCCAUUUAAAAAAAGUUGUUUUGUAGGGCUACAGAUUAAGGCUUGUUUAUGUUGAAAGCUUAGUUAUCUUCUACCUAAGAAAGCACAAUUCUGAAAUCUAAUAGUACAGUUACUGCAGGUAGCCGUACAUCACUGUGAUAUUGUAUACUGGACAUCAAGUGGAAUAUUGUGCAACUUUAAAAUAAACUAUAAAAUGCAUAUGAAUUCUAUCAUGUA